AUGGUUAGAAUUUCAGUUUUGAACGAUUGUCUUAAUAACAUUGUUAAUGCUGAAAAACGCGGCAAACGCCAAGUUCUUGUUCGACCUUCUUCGAAGGUCAUUGUCAAGUUCUUGCGUGUAAUGCAAAAGCACGAAUAUAUUGGCGAAUUUGAGGAAAUUGAUGACCAUCGUUCUGGUAAACUCGUUAUUCAUUUAAAUGGUCGCUUAAAUAAAUGUGGUGUUAUUUCUCCUCGUUUCAACAUUAAGUUAGAUGAGAUUGAAAAAUGGGUUAACAAUUUAUUACCAUCUCGUCAAUUCGGUUAUUUAGUGUUAACAACAAGUGCUGGUAUUAUGGAUCAUCAUGAAGCCAGACGUAAACACACCGGCGGUAAAAUUAUUGGUUUCUUUUAUUAA